UUCAGUUUGGUCUAGUAAUGCCUCGGCGAUAUCAAAUGAUGUUACUGCAAUUCUGAUGGAUACUGGUAAUCUUGUUCUGUCAAGCAGUGACAGUGUUGAUGAUCUAAACAAGGCCUUGUGGCAGAGCUUCAAUGAGCCCACCGAUACAUUCCUACCGGGCAUGACGGUCUACAUGAAUGUCAGGGCCGGAGAGACUCGUGUUUUCACUAGUUGGACAAGUGAUAACGAUCCUUCGCUUGGACGAUACUCAAUGGGCGUUGAUCCUCGGGGAUCACCACAGAUAGUGAUAUGGGAUGGGCUAAAUCGACAUUGGAGAAGUGGGCAUUGGAAUGGACUAAUAUUUACCGGUGUUCCAACCAUGAGGGCUAUCUAUUUGUAUGGUUUUAAGCUUUUCAAUGAGGGAAAUGGUAGCUUGUAUUUUACAUAUACCUCUUCAAACAGUUCUGAUCCGUUGAGGUUUCGGAUUGGUUGGGAUGGAAAUGAAGCACAACUUUGGUGGGAUGAUGGUAAAAAAGAAUGGAGGAUUAUGCAAUUGCAACCUGCUAAUGAAUGUGAAGUGUAUAACAAAUGUGGCAAUUUUGGGAAAUGUAAUGUGAUGGACUCUACAAUUUGUAGUUGUAUGAAAGGGUUUGUACCCAAAAAUGUGGAUCAAUGGGAUAGUGGAAAUUGGUCUGGUGGGUGUGUUAGAAAGACACAGUUACAGUGUGGGACAAAUGGAGAAGAAGACGGGUUUGUGAAGAUUGAGGGCGUGAAGUUACCGGACUAUGCAGACUUGAUGGUGGCACAGGACAUUGGGGAUUGUGGAGAGAAAUGCUCGAAGAAUUGUUCAUGUCACGCCUACACAUUUGCAAUUGGAAUCAGCUGUAUGAUAUGGAGAGGGGAUUUGGUAGAUAUUCAGCAUUUUGAAGAAGGUGGGAGCGAUCUGUACGUUCGCCUUGCUAGUUCUGAUUUGAUUAGCAAAAGAAAAUUUUCCAAGCUUGGUGAGCCAACAGUCCAGUGGAAAUAA